AUGGCCUUGACAAUAGAUGUUCUAGUUAGACUGGUUCUUGGAGGAUCCAUGGCUGGCAAGCCCCCACAGCUUGCUGCUAGCUCGCCGCUACAGCCCACCGCUGCCGUCGUACACUGUCAGUCGUUCUCCGUCCGUCGUUGCAUGUCGCUGCCUUCGCUAGCCCCCGCCUUGGCCGGCCGCCUUCGCCCUCCUCCGCCGCCGCAUCGGGUUCCGUCGCCUUCGUCCGCCUUCGUCAUUGCCAACUGCCACCCCCCUCCGCCGCCUUCGUCGCCUGUGCAGUCGCCUCCGCCGCCUUCGUUUCCCGCAGUCGUUGUUGUCGCUGCCCACAGCCACUGUCGUCGUCACCGCCGCCCAUCGCCUGCUAUCCGCCGUAGUCUGUUGCCUCUGUCGUCAGCUGCCGACCACUUGUCGGCUGCAGUCUUUUGCCACCCGUAG